AUGGAAGUUUGUCAAUUGUCCCUCUCUGAGCGACACGACACGACCCGCAGGCCAGACACGCACCGGUUUGAGUUCGUAAUUAACAAUACCGGAUUAAUUUUGCCCAUAGACCAUUCAUUGCCGUUACCACCAUGUUCAGAGUGUGAAAAUGCAUUCAAAGCCAUCACACUGCGCCACAGGUCACAAAGAUCUAGCAAUAAUCGCGGUAACACCACCACGCUGCGAAAUCGUGCCAUUCAUGUAAGGACUGAGUUUGCAAGUCUUGGGCUGAAACUGAUGAAGCAGUCAAAAGCGAGAAACACGACGAAGACACAGCGUCAAAUUAGCCUCGAACACGCCUUUCCUCUUUGGGACCGCCGCGGGGCGGGGGAACCUUGGGAUCUCAGCCGCAUGUCAAACUUCCACAUCACGUGGAGGCAAGGCGGCAGACUGGAGCAUGGCCUUGCAACCAAUCAGAAUGCAGAGUCGCUUAAGCUCCUUGGCCUCUGCCCAAUCAGGAAUAGACCACAACCGAUGGCGCUUCUCAAAGCCACCACAAAACCUGUCGGAUGCUCGAUGAAAACUCCGGCGAGACAAUUCGAUUGGAACCUGAAAUGGGAGACCCAAUAUAUAUUUAGAAACUUCCGCAGCGCUGCUGUAAUUUGA